UGGACCCAGAGAGCACGCCCGUCCUCGCAGUUCUGCUCCGCGCUUGCUGGCCGCCGCGCCUCCAGCCCCGCCAGCAGCCCCGCUCCGGCUCCUUUUGCCUUUCUCUCUAUACCUUAGGCAGGUGACAGCAGGGACAUGUCUCGGGAGCUGCAGGACGUGGACCUCGCUGAGGUGAAGCCUUUGGUGGAGAAAGGGGAGACCAUCACUGGCCUCCUGCAAGAGUUUGAUGUUCAGGAGCAGGACAUAGAGACGGUGCAUGGCUCCAUUCAUGUCACGCUGUGCGGGACCCCCAAGGGAAACCGGCCCGUCAUCCUCACGUACCAUGACAUUGGCAUGAACCACAAAACCUGCUACAACCCCCUGUUCAACUCUGAGGACAUGCAGGAGAUCACGCAGCACUUUGCUGUCUGCCACGUGGAUGCCCCUGGCCAGCAGGACGGCGCUGCCUCCUUCCCUGUGGGGUACAUGUACCCCUCCAUGGACCAGCUGGCCGAAAUGCUUCCUGGAGUGCUCCACCAGUUUGGGCUGAAAAGCAUUAUUGGCAUGGGAACGGGAGCAGGUGCUUACAUCCUCACUCGCUUUGCUCUGAACAACCCCGAGAUGGUGGAGGGACUCGUCCUUAUCAACGUGAACCCUUGUGCAGAAGGCUGGAUGGAUUGGGCUGCAUCCAAGAUCUCUGGAUGGACCCAAGCCCUUCCAGACAUGGUGGUGUCCCACCUCUUCGGGAAGGAGGAAAUGCAGAACAAUGUGGAGGUGGUCCACACCUACCGCCAGCACAUUGUGAAUGACCUGAACCCCGGCAAUCUGCAUCUGUUCAUCAACGCCUACAACAGCCGGCGGGACCUGGAGAUUGAGCGGCCGAUGCCCGGAACCCACACAGUCACCCUGCAGUGUCCUGCUUUGUUGGUGGUUGGGGACAGCUCUCCCGCUGUGGAUGCUGUGGUGGAGUGCAACUCGAAAUUGGAUCCAACAAAGACUACUCUCCUCAAGAUGGCAGAUUGCGGUGGCCUCCCACAGAUCUCCCAGCCAGCCAAGCUUGCUGAGGCCUUCAAGUACUUCGUGCAGGGCAUGGGAUACAUGCCCUCGGCCAGCAUGACCCGUCUGAUGCGCUCCCGCACGGCCUCUGGCUCCAGUGUCACGUCCCUGGAGGGCACCCGCAGCCGCUCCCACACCAGCGAGGGCACCCGCAGCCGCUCCCACACCAGCGAGGGUGCUCGCCUGGACAUCACCCCCAACUCCGGGGCCACUGGCAACAGCACCGGGCCCAAGUCCAUGGAGGUGUCCUGCUAGGCGGCCUGCACCACGGCUGCCCCUGGACUCUGGGCUUGCGCAGCUGCCCUUUCUCUGGCCCUUCCCAUCCCCGCCUGCCACACCACACGUAACUCGUAUUAACCCAAAGCUUAUGGUGUAAGAGAGCUCUGGGGGAGCACACAGUUAGACUGGGUUUGUCAAGGGCGCCUUUCCCAGCAGGGGCAGGGUGGGCGGACCAGAGGAAAAGAAGGAUCUCAGUGUCUGUGCUCAUGGCCGGGCUGGCCUGAUGGCCAUCCCCCACCCUCUCUCAGAGACGCCGAACUGCCAAAAACAAGACACGCCGCCCUAAACACUUCCUAAAUCCAGGCCUAGGCUGACCCGAGCAUCCUGGUUCUAAAGGGCACUUUGUCGGAAGCCAGCCCCCUCUCCUUCCUGUUUCUUCUCCAACUAAAGACAAACUGACCCAGUUUCGGGAAACAGAGCCCUGUUCUGAUUUGGGGAGGGGAGAGCAGCAGAUUGUAGGUAGCUCUUUUUGAACUCCAACAACAGGAAGCGGGAGAGAGGUGGAAUUUACGUGGAGGCUAGAAUGUUUGGAAAAACAAAUCUACGCAGUUGACAUGAAGACAUAGAUUUUCAAAUUUAGCGUAUAUAUCCACUUUUUCAUGCUGAAACAUACAGGCCUGUUCUUCUGGCAUCCUUUCAAUGGACAGUGAAAGUGGGCAGCAAAAUCUCUGGGCUUUCCAAAGAAAUGGUCUUGGCAAACAUUGGUGUCAUUGGAUCGGAGCCCUUGGCUCUGCUGUCUGCCGCCUCCUCCGCAGCCCCGACUUCCCACCCCGAAUACGUGAGUGAUGAUUUCGUUCAUGGGGAAGAUGACUUAGGUUUGUACUUACUUUCUUUGACAUGGAGGGAAACAUUCCAAACAGCCCUACGUGGCUGUGAUGAGUCUCCACGCUGUGGGGCGGGAGG